UGUCAAACAGAAGUAAUAUUUCUCAGAGCUCCAGAAAAGUUAUUGCUAAUUAACUCUUUACCACAGAAGAAAUGGAGAGACUCCACACAUUCUGGUCAUUAUUGCUCAGAAAGCUGAAGCGAACUGCAGUCAUGACUUGGGAUGUGUAUUCAAAACCCACUCCUUCGAACUGGAGAGAAGGUGUCUUCCUUUUUCUGCUCUGCCUAAGCAUUGCACUCUCCAUGGGGGGCCUGUUUCACACAUGGCUGGUCUAUAGUUUGCAAUAUGGAUGGCUUCUUUCCAGUAUUAUGGCUGGGACUUGGGCUUUGUGUUCAGUCCUGCUUCUCUUCCUUGUCCACCCAGCUCGAUGUGUGUUCACCAUCAUCGUGCCUUCUCUGGUCACCAAGCAAGGCCGUAAAAUUCUCAUUUCAACCGCUCUAAUGAUCGUAGCUGCCAACUGCAUCCCGAACACGGCCUCCAAUAUUAAUGCAGUAGUAGAGAUGAUCAAAUGUGCUUCUGAGGAAACCACUGAAACAACCCUGAAUUCCACAAAUGAGCUGAGAAGCGCACUGUCCGAUAUUGAGAAUUCGUUCAGUGCUGUGCCUUUUCCUCAAGAGAACAAAACAAACCUGCACCUCAUGCAGGACUUUGACAUUUCGGAGGUGAAAAACAAUCUGAAAGAGCUCGCGACCCAAGUAAAAAAAGAAUUCUCUGCAAUCCAAAGCAUUUUGCGGGAAACCUCGAACGUGACCAACAAGAUUGUGGCGGCUCUCUUCCUGCUGUACUUGUUUGGAGCGUCAGUAGGAUAUUUAGUUAGGUACCUCACAGACCUGAAACACGACAAUGUUUAUGUGACACACAAGCUGCUGGAGCUAGCCGAGGAGCAAGGCCUGUCUGAUAUUCCCUCACAUUACACAAAGAAGCUUGUCAGAACUACUGGCUGGAAAAUGACAGGACAGGAGAUGAGGAGAGGUCUGUGGGGCAUCAUGGUCCUCUCGUCCUAUGGGUUAAUAUCGGCAGUGAUAAUUGGGCUCGACUACUUCAUCUAUUUCCUGCUGCAAGAACUUCUAACGUGGGCAUCAGACAUUCCCGACACCACAUUUACUAUAGAUGUCGGCCUGAAUGUGGAACUCAAAAGUGACAUUGUGACCGGACUAAAUAUUAAGAUUAGCGAUUAUGUGCGUUAUGAGAAAAAAAGCUACUCCUAUUCAAUACCGCUCCUGGCUCCUGACUGCGUGAAGACAUUCUCUCGCCCCAACUCCUCCGCAGCGACCACCGUGGGCUCUCUCUAUCUCACUGCCUUUAUCAUGCUGCUGGUGGACGUGUACGCCAGACGGGUUCGAAGAAAGAUUUCCGCUUCCUUUUACAAGAAACGUGAAGAAGAGCGUAUCUGCUACCUCUUAGAGAAGAUUAUGAAGAAAACAUAGUUACAGCUCUGUCUUCCUGCCCGUGUAACUUCUGUUUCUAAUCUGUAUCUUGAUUUUAAUUUGCUAAAAAGUAAAAGAUUUGUCAAAGUACCGCAUUGCAGUACGGCACUCAAUUUAAUGUCUCGAUGAAAAGCAUCUUUCAGGAGAUAAAUCCAAACCCAUGAAGUUAUAUACAAUGCAUAAGUGGCAAUGGCCUUUAUUAUUUGCUUUUACUGUAUAUAGUGCUUUACAUCGCUAGUUUCCUUGCAGAAUCAGUUAAUAAGUGCUGUGAAAUAGAUAUAUUUAUUCAAAUAUCUCUAAGGCGUUUUUUCCCUAACUCAGCAUUUUGUCCUUUAUUUUAAAUGUUUAAAUGUGUUUCACGUGCU